CGUUGUUCUAUAGGUCCUAUCUCGGCAACUGCAGCCAACCCAUACCACAGAGUAAAMCGGAAGUGUAUUCCAAAGUUUCGUUGAGUAGCUAGAAGUUCUUCYGAAUCAAAUCCAUCCCAAACCCGAAAUACAACCCAUUCUCUUGCCCCGACAAUCAGAAGGCCGACGGGGGAGCAACGACCUCGGUCGAUAAAUCAAAAGCAGUCAUGAUCGAAAACAAACUCGGAAAGAAAACUCUUUUGKUGUUACUACUGUUGCUAGCGCUGUGGCUUUUGGUGGACGACGAAUCGACAUCGAUCUCACCAAAUGAUGUCAACAAGGGCAAUGAAAUUUACAGGAAAUAUCACCACUUGGCCGUUUGGACCGCCUUUCGCAGGCAUCCUCCGUGUUUUAGGAUAUUUCGGGCAUUGCUAGAGUUUAAUUUGAUGCUGUGGGGACUGGCGGUGUCGCUCUGGCUCUGGAAAAACACGGUCGGGGAGAAAAUGACCGGAUACCUCCUCUUUCAGCCGGUGGAUCACGACGAGUCAAAAAUUCGGGGGGUGUACUUUACGGAGUCUGCUCUGGGAAGGUACCGUCCAUUGAAUCAGCAACAUCAAGACGACCACGACUCCUCUGAGGACGAAGAACGAAGUUUUCCUUCGAAAAACGAAGGAGAAAGCGACGGAGAGCUCCUUCCAACAGCGAAGAAUACUGUCCAGGAAGAAAGCAAUCAACAACCAAAUGCAGUCCACGAACUAUACGAGACUAAACCUGGAGGUACCGAGAUCGACGACAAUAAUAACUCGAUAUUUGAGGACCAACUCMGCAACGAAUCCGAUCCAACUCGGUUCGAACUCAUCAACCCGCCUUGCCCGAUGAACGUCACGUACGCCGCCUUGGAUUCGCUCACUUUCAUUCUGGUGACUCUGUUUCUGUUCACGCUCAGCAGUGCCGAGGGUGGGCGGUACGUGGACGGAAUGGAAUCGGUGCACACKUUCCGCUUUGUUGCCAGCGUGGCGGCACCGGUGUUUCCGCUGGUCUUGUUUUUCGUCUUCUGCCUAGCACUCAUUGUGCCCCUGCACAAACGAAAGUCGCAWUGGAAAAUUCUGGGCUACACCAUUGGUGCACCUCUGUACCAYGUUACCUUUCGAGACGGUUUCAUUGGAGACAUCCUCACGAGUAGCGUCCGACCACUUCAGGACAUUGCUUUUACCACCUUUUAUCUUCUUUCUGGGUUGCAGGGGUGGUGGCAACAAUCGUACGAUCUAGAUGCCGCAGACCUACCACUCGAGUCCAACUGGGUUUUGCACACAAUGAUUUUGCCCAUGUGCAUGAUGUCUCCCCUGUGGUAUCGGUUUUGUCAGAACCUGCGACAGACGUACGARUACAAAAGCCGCUGGCCCUAUCUAGGAAAUGCCUUGAAGUAUUUCAUUGCCGCGGAAGUGGGCAUUUUCGGUGUUUACAUGCGAUCCCCAGGGCACUCUACUCUGUGGUUGGCUGGAUUUGUUGCGGCAACACUCUAUCAGAUUUGGUGGGACGUGUUUAUGGACUGGAAUCUACUSUAUGUUUCGAGCUGGAAGACUCUCAACCUGAAGGUUUUCRACCGCCCUGUCAAUCUGUCGAUACCAACGUCGUUCCGUUUGCGAAAGACCCGGAUUUAUUCCGUGUCUUGGCUUUAUUGGGGCAUCUUUGGGACGAACAUUGUGCUAAGGUUUUGUUGGACGCUCAGUUUUUUGCCGCCUCACUAUCUGAACCGAGCUGGGGUCCUGAGCGAAACGUUCGAGGGCGAUCUAACCGCGUAUUUGAACCCCAUUAUUGCUUCUGGCGAAAUCGUACGGAGAACCAUGUGGGGAUGGCUCCGUGUCGAAUGGGAAGCAAUCAAGGUCGCACGCACCGAACCCAGAUUGCGGGGAACCUGGACCGACUUGGGGAAAGAAGAYGAACCGGAUUCCAACGAUUUGAAUCCAGAUUCGAGCAUCGAGUUCCAAAUCAUGAACGUCAACAAUGCCCUUCCGGAGAAACCAGAACCCCUGGAAACAAUAACGUCAUCUCCUUCGUUUUCGAAUACAAUAUGGAGGCCCAAGAAAAUAUACGAAAUGUCAGAAACACAAAUAAUUGGCGAGCUUUGCAUCUAUGCCACAAUAUUUACCGGCUUGGGCCUUCUAGCUGCGGCCCAUCGGCACACGUUUUGAGAGCGGAGAGGAUGUUAGAAAAAUUAUGACAAGCUAUGAAUGGUCCGGACACACCAAAUGCGCACGAUACACCAUGUCAGUAAKGUAUAUCGACAACCUUUCUUGCCAACGCGGGAACAUAAUAUACAUUAGCUGCAACA